GAGAGCGAGACGCAGAGGAGGAGAGGAAGAAGGGGAGCAGGAGAGGACGUGCCGAAGCUAGAGCCCGAGUGACGGCUGCAUCCAAGGACAGCCACGCUUGGACACGGUGAGAGGACGGACAGACAGACGGACGGACUGCAGACGUCUCUGGAGCCCGCAGGCCUUUAACGAGAUCCCAGCCUGGGCGUAGGCUCCCGGGGGGGCCGGCCACCAGAUCCCGAGGGAGGACCGGGCAGUGGAGAUGAAAGCAGCGGUCAGAGGAAGCGGGAUGGUUUUGGGUGACCGGGCCUCUGCCUUCCUCCCGCUCUGACUGCCUCUCUGCCAGGGGAGAACUGCGGUAAUCGGCGCAGUUGUGUAAUUACAUCUUUGGCUUUUAAUUGGCUCCUUUCCGCUCCCCUCACCCCCCCCACCCCCCGUUCUGAGGUGGAAGCGAACUGGCAGGGCUUGUCGGGGCGAGAGUGCGCGUGUGUGUGCGUGCGGGCCAGCGGCUGUGUGUGUGUCACCGGCGAGAGAGAGGCGUGCCCCUUGGCUGCGGACCGCAGGAGUGUUAGGGAGCGUGGGGAAACGUGCCGACCAUGGGGAAAUCGAACAGCAAGCUGAAGCCGGAGGUGGUGGAGGAGCUGACCCGGAAGACCUACUUUACGGAGAAGGAAGUGCAGCAGUGGUACAAGGGCUUCAUUAAGGACUGUCCCAGCGGCCAGCUGGACGCUGCAGGCUUCCAAAAGAUCUACAAGCAGUUCUUCCCCUUUGGAGACCCCACCAAGUUCGCCACCUUCGUCUUCAAUGUCUUUGACGAGAACAAGGACGGGCGUAUCGAGUUCUCUGAGUUCAUCCAGGCGCUGUCCGUCACCUCUCGGGGAACCCUGGAUGAGAAGCUCAGAUGGGCCUUUAAGCUGUACGAUCUGGAUAACGACGGCUACAUCACCCGAGACGAGAUGCUCAACAUCGUGGAUGCCAUUUACCAGAUGGUGGGGAACACUGUAGAGCUCCCUGAAGAGGAGAACACUCCAGAGAAGCGAGUGGAUCGCAUCUUUGCCAUGAUGGACAAGAACGCGGACGGGAAGCUUACGCUGCAGGAGUUCCAGGAGGGUUCGAAGGCCGACCCCUCCAUCGUUCAGGCACUGUCUCUGUACGACGGGCUGGUAUAGUGGGCGGAGCGUGUGAAGGUACCCAGGGGUGUUCGAUCCAGUGCCAUUACACCUGUUCUCGGAAAAAGCCAACGUCUCCCUGGCCCCUCUGCCUGGACGGAGAUGGGGUGGGGAAUGGUGGGGGGGUUGUGAUCGUGGAAGUGGACGAGGGGUAUGGGGGGGCCUCCGUUGUCAAUCACUCAUCUCCAUCAUCACCCAAAAACAGUCAAGCCCCCUGUGAGAGACAGUACCCUAUCAGUGGGGACAGUCUGGAGCACUUCUUCUUAAGGAUAACGGAUGAAGAGGGAGAGAAAGAGGAACUUGAAUUGAAUUCUCUCCCGCUCAGAUUUGCAGACAUGGUGGUCGUGGACUGAACUGAGAGACUCGAGAACGCCACCUGUCUGUUCUGUGUGCAUGGUUCAGCUGACCGGGGGAACAUGGCCGCCUGAGGGGGAACAAGCUUCUGGAAACGCUAGCCAGAUGGCACCGGUUCUCUUCUGGAGUGUUUUGAAGAAAAAGAGGGGGAAAAAAAACAACCUUGUUUCUGUAUAU